AUGACGCUGAGCGCUCAAGAGGUCGCCCAGCUCCGGGUCGCUCUGCAGGAUGCCGUCGUCAAGUGCUCAGAAAGGUGUCUCUAUCAGUCAUCAAAAUGGGCAGCCGAGCUCCUGAACGCCCUUCCCGAGCCCGACGACGCCGACCAAAAUGUCGAUCUGAGCGAUGGCAAACACACAUCCCCGAUAUACACGCCGAAUCCAGACCCCGAGGAGGCCGCGCUGGAGGCAAAAGAGCUGAGCAAGUACCUGCUUGCCAAGAGCUUCUUCGACUGCAAGGAGUAUGACCGAUGCGCCGCAGUCUUCCUGCCAGAGUCGCUCCUCUCGACGGUUCUUGCUUCGCACUCCGACUCUGCCGGGGCGUCAGCGCAAAAGGGCAAGGGGAAAGCCAAAGCCACAGACGAGCGACCGUCGCAUACCGGCCCACUGCCAAAGAUCAGCCAGAAGAGCCUCUUCCUCGCCCUCUACGCCAAGUUCUUGUCCGGAGAGAAGCGCAAGAAUGAGGAGUCGGAAAUGGUCAUGGGCCCGCAGGAUCUUGGUACCGUGGUAAACAAGCAGCUUCUGCUCGUCGGCCGAUAUCUUGCCGCGUGGUUUGAUGAGAGGACCACAGAUGAUGACGAAGUCCUGGGCAGUCAAGGCUGGCUCGAGUACCUGUACGGCAUGGUCCUUGCCAAGGAAAAGAACGACUCCAAAGCCAUGGAGUUUUUGAUCCGGAGUGUGCACAAGUAUCCGAUGAACUGGGGCUGCUGGCUGGAGAUGACAUCCCUCAUCUCCAGAGUCGAAGAGUUGAACCGGAUAUCGAGGCAUUGCCCACAGAACAUCGUAUCCUUCAUGUUUCAUCUUCACACAUCGCUCGAGCUGUACCAGCAGUCUGCCAGCCUCGCCAACAACCUCGAACAACUCCUCGCCAUAUUCCCCACCUCAUCAUUCCUACUCACAUGCAACGCGCUGCUUGCGUAUCACGCCAAGGACCUGAUGGCCGCCGAGCAGCAUUUUAGUCGAUUGCUCGCUCUGCACCCCCACAGGCUCGACUCGCUCGACCAUUACUCCAACAUCCUCUACGUCUUGAACCUACGACCAAAGCUAGCAUUUGUCGCACAUCUAUGCUCCAGCGUAGACAAGUUCCGACCAGAGUCAUGCGUCGUCAUCGGGAAUUACUACUCAUUGCUGUCCAUGCACGAAAAGGCAGUCCAGUACUUCCGCCGCGCCUUGACUUUGGACAGGUCCUGCUUGUCAGCGUGGACGCUCAUGGGCCACGAGUACGUUGAACUCAAAAAUACGCAUGCCGCCAUAGAAUCAUAUAGGCGAGCGGUCGAUGUCAAUCGGCGAGAUUACCGUGCCUGGUACGGACUGGGGCAGACAUACGAAAUGCUCGAGAUGCACACCUACUCGCUGUGGUACUACAAGAAGGCGGCUGGCCUUCGGCCAUGGGACGGCAAAAUGUGGCUUGCCGUCGGCUCGUGUCUGCAAAAGAUGGGUCGGGAACGCGACGGAAUCAAGGCCCUCAAACGUGCUCUGCUCGCCGACGCUUAUUACGAUGUCGGCAGCAGCUUCGGCAGUGGCGGCGACCUUCUCGGCGCCCGUGGGGCUACUGGCCACAUGGACCCUGAGAUUCUCUUGCAGAUUGCGGCCAUGUAUGACCAAUUGGACGAGGAGGAAGAAGCAAAGGCUUACAUGGAGCUAUGCGUGGCGCAGGAGGAUGGCGGUGCCGCGGACGUUAAUUUGGACGAAUCGGUCAUGAUUCACAACGACUCCCCGCCAGGCUCGGAUAACGGCCAGCAGGAGCGCGACGACAACGCGGGGGCGACUGAAGGUACGGGGGUCACGGCGGCGACGAGCAAAGCCCGCAUGUGGCUGGCCAGGUUCGCGAUGCGCACCGGCGACUACACGACAGCGAGCCGCCUUGCCACGGAACUCUGUCAGGAUGGCGUCGAAGUCGAGGAAGCGAAGGCCUUGUAA